UUUUUUAACUUUGACCAGUAAACGUUUAUGGUAGCCUGUUUUAAUAUUUGCGGGAAUUCUGGGACUGGACUCAACGAUGUGUGUUGUCGACUAGCCAUGCCUAAAUCGAUACCGCGUUCUCUGUUCGCCAUUUGUCGUUUCUUGCCGUCGGCUUCUGCAAUGCGCAUGCUCCGUGCCACUACUCCGAGCCACUCUUAAAAAUGUCGAUGUGGCUUUAAUGUGAACUCCUAUUGAUUUCAAGUUUGAAACAGAGGUCACAGUCGAUAUGUUUGUCUUCGUCUUUAUUUGCAUGCUCAGCCUAGUCUUGGCAAACCAAGAGGAGCGGUUACCAAAUAAGUGCGAGGUUUGUAAAUUACUGACAGUGGAGUUGCAGGACGCUUUGGAAAGAACCGGCCGCUCGAAGGAAGUUUUAGAGCUCGGGGAGGUUUUGGACACCGGCAAGCGCAAGCGCAAAAUCAAAUACAACACUUCAGAGACUCGACUCACUGAAGCCAUGGACAACAUCUGUGAAAGAAUUCUGCAGUAUAAGGUCCAUGCUGAGAGACCGGGGAGCCUUCGCUAUGCCAAGGGCACAAGUCAAACCAUGAACACGCUGAGAAACCUGGUGGAUAAGGGAGUGAAGGUAGAGCUGGGUAUCCCUUAUGAACUGUGGGAUGAACCAUCAGUGGAGGUGGCAGACUUAAAGAGACAGUGUGAGACCAUGUUGGAGGAGCAUGAGGAGAUCGUGGAGAGCUGGUACUUUCAUCAUCAAGAGGAGAGACUUGACAGAUUUUUCUGCGCAUCCCACGUCCUCAGAGACUCAGACCAAGAGUGCCUGAAGGAGGUAUGGAAAGGUGACAUGGGUGUAAAGGGAUCCGGAGAGGAGAGUGAGAGAGAGAACAGAAGACAGACCCGUGAUGCAGGAGAACUGUGAAAGCAGAGCCAUAAUGGUUGAUGAAUGCGUACGAUCUGCGAGACGUCUUUGCAUAAAACUACAAGAACCAAGGAAACAAAAUAUUUGUCCUCAGAUCUACAUAAACAAGACUUUACAGUAACGAACACUAACUGUGAGUGUUCAGAUUUUUAAAAAAUCUGUUACUUUUUCCAGAUCGUGGUAUGUGAACAGUCCUUGAUGUCUUACCUCUGAUAUCCUGAAACUCUCAGUGUUACCAAUAACGAAGAAAGACACUGAUAAGUGCCUUUUAUUGUUGUGUUAUUGUAUAUAAAUGUGUUAGAGCAACUACAGACACUAACCCUUUUUUACUUGAUAGGUAAUUGUAUAUGUAUUUAUCAAUGCACAAACCAAAAAGAUGUUUUUUUUCUACUGAAAUGUACUUUAAAUAUAUUUUCUCCUGAUGUAACAUGUACUGUAAUGUUUUUAAACAAUGGAUUCUUGCUGUAAACCAUGAGUGUGGCGUCUUAAUGUGUCUGUGCAGGAGACCGAAGCUCAUUUGGUCUGGCUGGUCUUUUGAAAACAGCAAGUGAUCCUUUCCAAUUAACUAUUUAAGGUCAGUUGACGAGCCCUUAUUACUUCGACGUAAAGCUCCAGUGGCGCAAUCGGUUAGCGCGCGGUACUUAUACAGCAGUACAAUGCAAAGCGAUGCCGAGGUUGUGAGUUCGAGCCUCACCUGGAGCAAUUUUAACGUAAGUAUGUAGUCUGGUCAACGUUAGCUCGACCUGAAAUUCUCCACAUUGCUUAUGCAGUUGCUAAUGUCCAAAAUACGGGGUUUUCUGGCUGCAAUUCAUAGGGGGAAUUAAACAUCUACAGAACAGAUAAUAAUGCUCACUGCUUAUUUAAUUGUGUAAGCAAUUAAGUUGCAGGACUUUUUUUUUUCUUUGCUUAUAAAGGUAUUUUGACGUUUUGGUAAUCGUGACAUUCCAAUACAAAAUGA